CGUUGUACAGGAACAUGGCGCUUUGGGGGAGAGGUGUUUCAUGAUAGUCAGGGCUAUCGAUUGAUUUACUGUAGAUAUGUUCAGUUAAAUAACACUAAGCUAAACACACCAAAUAUGAUAGGUCGUGAAAGGCGAUCGCUCCUUUUGUCUCUAUGGACAACGGAACACUAUAUUUCGUAGCGGUGUUUGCUGUCGUCAGCUGAAACUGUUAGCAUUAACAUGCUAGCCGAAGCUAGUUAGCUGGCUAACAGCAAGUCGCUAGCGCUAAACAGCCAGAAAAUAUGCUUCUUUAUGUAGCCCACACUGAAGUGAAAUAGAUGAUCAAUGAUUAAAACACGUUAUUUAGCUUCAAAUCAGCCAUUUACAGUUUAGGACGACGAUUCCAAUUAGCUAACAUUUUGUUAGCUAAGCUAGGAGGAUGAAGAGCCGCCAUGGAUAUGUUUUGUUGCUGGCCAGUGGGAUUUUUCUAUCGGCGUUAUGUCUGUGUGAAGGUGCCCCUCUCCUGUAUCCUCACAAAUCAGGUGGAAGCACAGGCGACACGCUGUCUGUGUCUCUCUACCUGUCCCUGGUGGUGUCCCUGACGGCGCUUGUGGCCUUGGUGGUGUUGCUAGUGAACUGUGUGACCUGCUGCAAGGAGAGGGAGAUCAACUUCAAGGAGUUCGAGGACCACUUCGAUGAUGAGAUCGACUUCACUCCACCGGCAGAGGACACUCCCUCUAUGCAGUCCCCAGCUGAGGUGUACACCCUCGCUGUGUCCCCUGUGCCUCUGCCUGGACCCCCACACCUCCAACCUCCUGCCCGCAUCACAGAGGGAUCCGCAGGCUUGCAGGUAGCACGUCACACUCUGAGUUACAUCCAAGAGAUCGGCAAUGGCUGGUUUGGUCAGGUUCUUCUGAGUGAAAUCUACACAGAUCCAGGUGGAGCCAGGGUGGUGGUGAAAGAGUUAAAAGCUAAUGCAAGUGCCAAGGAGCAGAAUGAUUUCCUGCAGCAGGGGGAUCCAUACAGAGUGCUGCAGCACCCGAACAUCCUCCAGUGCCUGGGACAGUGUGUUGAGGCCAUUCCCUUCUUGCUUGUCUUUGAGUACUGUGAAAUGGGAGAUCUGCGGGGCUAUCUGUCUCAGCAGGAUUGGAUGUUCAGAAACGCUGAGUUGCUGCAGCUGCAGAGGAUGGCCUGUGAAAUCGCUGCCGGUGUCACUCACCUUCACAAACACAACUUCCUGCACAGUGAUUUGGCUCUGAGGAACUGCUAUCUGACUGCAGACCUAACAGUCAAAGUUGGAGACUAUGGUAUAGGACCCUACAGAUACAAAGAGGAUUACAUCAUCACAGAGGAUGAUGUGUUCGCUCCCCUUCGCUGGUUGGCUCCAGAGCUGGUGGGUGAGCGCCAUGGGGGUGUCAUUACUAUGGAGCAGACCAAGCCCAGCAAUGUCUGGGCAUUGGGGGUCACAUUAUGGGAGCUCUUGGAGAAUGCGGCUCAGCCGUACCCACAUCUGUCUGACCGGGAAGUUCUCAAUCAUGUGAUCAAGGACCAACAAGUCAAACUCUUCAAACCACAGCUGGAGCUUCCAUAUUCUGACAGAUGGUACGAAGUCCUGCAAUUCUGCUGGCUGUCUCCAGACAAGCGAGCCACAGCAGAAGAAGUCCACCGUCUGCUGAUUUACUUGCGCAUGCAAGGCCAGAAGGACAUAGAAGAAGAUUUUGAACAGCGCUGGGAUGCUCUCAAGCCUAACCCUUCCACACGGCAGACCACUGUCAGCCACUCCUCUUUCCCAAUCUUGGAACAGUUUGCUGAUGAUGCUUUGCGACAAGAGAUCGAUGAAGUCCUCACAGUCACUGAAACGAGCAAAGGCCUCAGCUUUGAGUACGUUUGGGAGGCAGCCAAGCACGACCACUACGAAGGCAACCAUGGACGUUCAGGCAUGGACACAACGUUGAACUAUCACAGCAUGUUCUUUCCGGUUUCCAGUGAAGACAUUCAGGCUCAUUUCCCUGAUCCUGCAGCCAGAGCAGUGGGCAAAGAAAGCGAUAACGGUUCCUCAGGAAUUCCUGGGAUUGUACCAGUGUUUGACACACAAAAGCCAUUGAAUAGAAAUGAAUAUUAUAUACAACUGGAAGAACAAGGAGAGAGCACCGUUGGGGAAGAUGGGAACAGAGGGCAAGACAUUGACUUCAGUGCAGGCCGGCAAGACUUUGUCGUUCUCCAAGAUGUCCGUCUUGAUGAAUCUAGCACCGAUGCUGAUUUUUUCCACCAAAGUAUUGACUCCAAGGAUUCAUAUUUACCUGACAGCCACAUCUGGUCAUCUCUUGAAAAUGACAGUCCAUACCACACUAACAUCUUCACUGAAGGGGGGUCCAAGCAAGAGGACUCUCCUUCCUGGGGCCGGGGUUUUAUGGAGCUUCCAGAACGCAAUGGGAACCCUUUCCAUGAAGGUGCGCCUUUAGAAGUCCAAGAGGUAGACACAGAUAAAAGCUAUGGGGAUUCUUUUUUAGGGGAUAGUUCAGAAGCCACUCAUCCAACGGAUUCUGUGGAAGUGGAGGGGGAGAACUCAGAUGUGAAGAGGCUUCUGAAUACUGAAAAACUUGCUGACAACUUCAUGUUUCUCAAAGACCAGAGACUGAUGAAAGACGGAUCUAGUUUCUCAAGCCCACAGGACAAUUUUCUUUUACCCGGUGUAGCCCACGAGCCAGAAGACACAUUCAAAAUGCGUUCUUGGGACAACUUUGAGAGUUUAGGCAGCUUAACCACAAUGGACACUUAUUUAAAACCUGCAGCAAGUAGCACAUCCUCAAGACAGGAACUUUUAGACUCUCCAAGUGCCAGUUUGGGGGAGUUUGGUCCGUCUCUGGUAGAAAAUGAAACACUGGUGCCUUUCAUUACAGUGGUCUCAGAAGACGACACAAGCAACCAGCUGCCAGUUAGAAAUAGUUCUUCCACCGAAGACCUUGGUCUGCUGCAAUCCUCAGACAGAGGUGUAGACUCUGGUUUUGAUUCUACCUCAGAGAGGUUCGAGAUCAUCAUCAGUCAAACUGAUGACCACACCCCUGCAUUCUCUGAAAGUGCCACUACAGACUUAUUGUGCACAGAUGCCAAAAUUCCCAGCCUUGAAGACGACAUUGGAGCCUCAAAGGAUAAUGCUCAGCCCACAGAAGGUGAAAUGCCUGAAAACCUGCAAGUCCAAGCAUUGUCCUCAGACAACGGACACAGCGAAGACCUAACGAGUAACGAUCUGUUGAGUGAACUAAUUGAGGAUGCAGAUAUAGAAUUAGAAACCACUCUAUCUGACCAUGAGGAAUCCUUUAUGGAUACUAGUGGGCGUCCUCUUGUCAGAUCGUCUUUGUUGGUCUCUGGGCCGUCUUUGGACCAGAUCAGCCAGGACAGUUUACUGGAAGACAGUAUGUCCACCACGCUACCAACUGUUGAUAACUCUGCCGAGACACCCGACUCUUUAGACUCUCUGGACAUCCACAGGCUGGGUGAACACGGAGAAGAGCUGAGUGCUCAAAUAGCCCAACACAAACUCCAGCCUCCAUACAAAAUAUCAGACAGUGGAUAUGAGACGGAGAACCUAGAGUCUCCUGAGUGGAACUCUCAGCCCAGCGUCAAAGACCAGUCCCCUGUCAAAAAUGGCUUGAGUGUUGCCAAAGAAGAGGAGGAAACGGAGGAAACGGAGGAGCCCUCGGCUGCGACAAAUCUGGUUCCACCGGAAAUUAUUAUCUCUGAAGUAGAGGGCGUGCUGAACGCUCACAGCGAGGAUCCUAGUGAGGACCAGCAACCAGAUUAUGAAGCCCCAGCUGAGGAACCACUCAUGGGCAUGAAUUACAGAGACUCUGCUUACUUCUCAGACAAUGAAUCAGAAGCUGAGAAGAAGUCUGAGGAAACAGUCGUGGGAGGUUCCGGUGAAGUCACGUGGCUGAGGAACUCCGUCAGCGAGGCAGCUGGAAGCGUGCCAUCGGAGGUUAAUGUGGAGAGAGAUGUAGAUUCUUUAUUUUCUCAGCAAGAAUCUUCUGAAACCACUGAAGCACAGGCUGAUGGAGAAACACUUGACCCUCAUGUUCUGGGGACGUUACCAGAGGCAGAUCUUACCGCGAAAUGUGAGAAGGAGGCAACAGAGUCUAGCAGCAACCACAUCAAACCAGAGGUGUUGAAGGACGUUGCAUGUCCUGAUCAACCAGACCCAUCAGAAGAUAUAGAAACCUCAACCCCACUCCCUUCUGCUGCCCCCUCAAAGCCCACAGCAGAGAUCACGGGUCACGCUAAACUUACCAGGACCUACGCCAGUGAUGGCCAUAAAAUAAAAGAGCCGGAAAUGGAGGGGCGUUAUCUAGGGAGGCGGGACGGCUUAGAUGGACAGGAGGAUGGCGGGGAUGCGGAUGAGGAGGACGAGAACAGCGAUGACUCUGACGACGACAUCCGAGCAUACCAGCUGCACAGCUCCAGCUCAGACAGCGAGGACGACGGCGUGCACACCGUGCCAGUUAUUAUUUCUGAUGACAGCAGUGCAAAGAACCUGAAGAGCUUGUUGAAACCGACGACGCUGAACAUCGAGGCUUCGUCUUCCCCGUUUGCUGCGAGGAGUAAUGCAGAUAACUCCAGAAGAGCUGUGUCUUUCUUCGAUGAUGUCACCGUCUACCUGUUUGACCAGGAGACGCCCACCAAGGAACUGGGUGACCACUCCUCGGGCUCUAACAGCCAGGUACCAGAGUUUAGCAGCCCGGUGUCCACUGCCAGCUACCUGAACCGGUUCACCAACUCCGAGAGCUCCACAGACGAAGAAGGUGGCGGUUUUGAGUGGGACGAUGACUUCUCCUCCCCUUCGCCCGCCUUCCUGCCCAAGGCGGAUAAAGACCCCAUAUCAAAGGCUAUGUCCGUAUCGGCGGCAUCUCGCUUUGCCUCUCCGCCCCCUGCAGUAGGGCGCGUGCUGGAGCCCAGCUGGACCAGCUCCUCAAACUACUCCCGUUUCUCCAUCUCACCAGCCAGCAUCGCCAGCUUCUCCCUCACACAUCUCACUGACUCAGACAUCGAACAAGGAGGAAGCAGUGAAGAUGGAGAAAAGGACUAGUGUGAUAAAUGAAGGGACCAUUCAUCAUCACACUAUUAAAAAAUGAACCUAUACUCGCACUUUUUGGGAAAGUUUGUGGGACAAACCGCGGAUGCUUCUCUCAGGCAGAACUGUUCUUUAUCUACAUGGAGAUGGCCAUGAGAACAAUGGCUGCAAAACUUGACUUUCAGCAAAUAAAGACGGACGAGUCCCAGUCCCGGUCUGAGCCACAUCACCUCUCCAGCUACAUCAGUGUGUGUGAUUUCAGUUCAGUGCAAUUCCACUUGGAGGGGGAGGGGGGGAAGUUUCUAAAUAUUUGCUUUAAAGACUCAUCAAGCACAUUCCAGGUGUUUGGUUGCUUCUUUUUUUUUGUUGUGUGUCCAAGUGCACUCCUUUUUCCAGGACUUUUGCAUCACCAAAAAAAAAAAAAAAAAGGUUUAAAAAAACAGACUUUAUGUUCUGAGUUCAACACACUGGGCUGACAAACUUAUCACUACAGCCAAAUAGGAAUAAGCUCUUUGAUUUCAGCAGACCUAAAACUGAAGAUCCAAGCUUUUUUUUUUUGCUCUCUUAAAUUGUUUAAAUUUUCUCCUUCAUGUUGUGCGAUUAUUUCAGUGGUUGCCUUUUUUUUUUUUUUUUUGGUAAACUCUUGUUGGGUAUUAGUCGAAGUCUCCUAAUUUGGAGAAGACAGUAUGUGUGGUAUCCUUCUGUAGCAGCAUUUGAAUAAGAAGGGUUGACAUUUAGGAUGCACCAUCCAUGCAUAGGAUGAUUUGAUAACUACCUUAACUAAAAAUCCCUCAUGUGGGAGGUGACACACUGUAUGUUCCUUUUUAUUUGUGUUUUGAAAGGAACGUUAACAGGAAGUAAGUUUCAUAUUUUUGAGACGUGUCAGUAAGAACUGUUGCUGUUAUUAGCUAAGGAUUGUCGUAUGAAUCCUUACAGAGUUGGUCCGGCUGAAAGACAGUGGUGAGGAAGAUCUUUACAGAUAUCUUUGUAAUGCUUAAUCUUUAUUUUUUGCUCUGAGGUUGUGCAGCAAGUUGCUGGGAUGUCACUGGGGUUUUAUCACAGUGCCUGCGAUGCUGUAAAAAAGAAAAAAAAAAAAGGCUGCACUCCUCUGUUUAUUAUCACUACAAAAUUUAAAAUCAUUGUGUAAAAAAAAAAAAAAGUGGGAGAUUUUAUUUUUAAAUGUCAGAAUGGAGAAAUGUGAUGAGCUGUUUGUAAACAAAUGUGCAAUGAGUUUGAUUUAAUCAGUUGAAAUUUGAGUUCAUUGGAAGAGCUGGUGAACGUGGUGGCAUUUCUACGGUAAUGUGCAGGGAGUUAAAGCUUCACUACUAGAACAAAAAAACAAAACGAAGAACACUGCUGCUUUUAUCAACUUCAGUGUCAUGAACAGAGUCAUGCCUUUGUUUUUCUUGUUUUUUUUUUUUACUUUGUGUCAAACUUAAUUAACCUAUUCAGAUGGCAUUGUCCUCCUUAAGGACUCAUUGUCCAGUUGCAAUUUUAAGCAUUCGUCGAUUCAUUAAUGUAUGAUAUCAUUUUUGCAGGCCGUGCAUCGUCUCUGUGGCUGCAGAGGAUUUGUUGGGGGACGUGUUUCUGUACAGAGUAUAAUGCAAACAGUUAGGGAGCAACACACACUCCCCUCCCCCCCCCCAAAAAAAGGUUUUCAUGUACAGCUAUAAAAACACAGUUCCUUCAAACUGUAAGUUAUACAGUUACUGUAUGGUUUAUUCUUUUAAAAAGGUCUCGUCACAAAUGACCUGACAAACUGCUUCACCUGUCGUAGAUAAUGACCACCUCCACCGCCCCCAUACAGAAGGCACUGUACAGUAGAUAACGUUAACCUCUGUUUAAAACCAGCAGCCUGUGCUUCAGUUAAACUUGAACAUUUAUUUAAGGAAAUCUUGUUUUGACUACAGUAUACAUUUGCUUAAUCUUGCACAUUUGAGAAAUGUAACUUAAUGUUGAAUUGUACUGAUGUAUGUAAAUGUUAUUUUUUUUUUUUUUCUGUCUGUAAAUGGGAAAUGAUGUAACUGAGUUCUAGGUAUGAGGUUUCAUUUUGUAACUUAAAAGCUGAGUUGAUCGGAGGAACAUAUCAGUCGUUGGCUAAAAGCAGUUAAAUUAAGACACAAAAGCAGAUGUGAAAUCAUUCUGUCCUUUAAACUUGUAGAUUUUAAAAAUAUUUUUACUUCAUAUUUAUCAUGCUUAGUGUAAUUGAAUGAAAUGUUUAUAAUUACACUGUUUAAUAUGAAAAUAAAUGCAAAUGAACUUCUAA